UAUUUGCUUAAUUGAACUCAUUACUCGGGAACAUUUUUGUACCUCUCUCCAACUGACACAUUCAAGGAAAGGGGAAAUAUAAAGCUUGAAGCCAGCUGCGGGAAACUGAAGCCAGGAGGCCAUUUUAGCCCUGUGUAGAAGCAGCAAGCUACCAUGUGCACAGGAAAGUGUUCAAAGUGCAUUGGGAUCACCCUGUUCCCACUGGCUACAUGUGCUAUAGUCUCCAAUAUUCUCCUGUACUUCCCCAAUGGACAAGUUCUGCAGCUAAGUGAGAUAACUGACCUGGUCUGGUUUUUCCAUGGCAUUGUGGGAGCUGGGAUACUGGUUAUGUUGCCGGCAUUUAUGAUGCUGGGAGCAGGUGGAGCAGGAUGUUGCGCUAACAGAUGUGGGAUGCUGCUGUCUGUGGUUCUGGCUGUGCUGGGAUUCGCAGGAGGAGUGUACUGUGCAAUCAUCUCCUCCUUGGGGCUAAUUGGGGGGCCUCUGUGCGACACAGGUGAUGGAGAGUACAUCUACCCUUUCAGGAACGACACGCUGGAAGACAAUUAUUUGUUCAAUCGGACAACAUGGAGCACUUGCAAAGAACCUGAAAACAUCAUCCUUUGGAAUAUUGUCCUUUUCUCUAUUCUCCUGGCGGUCAGUGUGAUUGAAGCUGUCCUUUGUUUUAUUCAAGUCAUCAAUGGACUUGUUGGUUUCAUAUGUGGCACAUGUAUGAGAAACCGAAAGACAAAUAUUUCUGGAAUGUGACUGAUUUACAAGACGAGUCCCGAGCUGCGGAUUCGCAUACAAUAAGGAUCCUGCAUUGCGCUGUAUUUAUGGGGGGGAGGGGGCAGUAAAGAAACCCCAGAACUUUCGGGAGUUUCAGGGGGGUAAAAUGGAUUCUUUUAUAAAGAGAUCAGGGUAGAAAAGGGUUAGAUUAUUUAGGAUCUGAGAUUCCAAAUUUUCUUCUGUCUAAAUAUUCUUGCUAAAUCUCAGGUACAGAUCAAAACGCUAAUCUCUGCAGCCCCAAGCACCCUGCUUGGGCAUAAAACACAGUGGUUCUCAGAAGUUCACUGCUUUCCCUGUGGUGCAUACGGAAACUAAACCAUUGUUUAACAUACGCUUUUAUCAGCUGCGCUGUACCAGCACUCUCUGGCUGGACGUAAAUAGCUUCAGGGCCCCGCAAAAUCUAGGCUUCAUCUCACCAGCCUAUUCCCAUUAACUUGCUAGCUGGGCACUCCCUUACUUAAAUUAGGAUCUGCAAAGAAUAUAUUGAGCGGCAUUUGAGACAGUGCAGAUGCAACUGAAGGAAAGUUUUCUGCCUCUCUCAGUCACCCUGGAGCUAAAUCCUCUUGUGCUUAUUAGGUAGCUUUCUGUCAUAUCUGACAGAGUCCAGUGCACAUCAAAAUCAGUUUUCCAGGAGCAUCUGAUAGAUACGAUAACUGUGGAGGAGCAUUUGGGGUCAACAAGGAAAGCAGGCUUUUGAGCAAGAGUUUAACAAUGCCAAGUUUAACAUAAAGGAGGAGAACCUCACCACGGUUUUGCCCUCAUGAGACUGCAUAGGAGUCUCACUAAUUUCUGCGAUAUGGUUAUCCUAGAACAGAUCACAUGGAUAAGCAGUUAACCAGUAAAGAUAAACAUUAAAUCAGUAAAGGCAAUAAUUGCAUGCAGCUUAGUAACGAAUAAGGGAUGUAAUCUGAAAGGAAAAAAAUUUCAUCAGCCUUAGUGUUACAGCAAAGAGUAAUCCCAAAAGGAAUUGCAUAUUUUGCCGUCAUCACUCAAGAUCAAGUCCUUGAUGCUAAAAUCCAUGACUAGCACAUUUCAGAAAUUCUGUCAUUUCAGUGGCUUCCUCAAAGACUAAUUCUUAGACAUGCCACUGACUUCUCUGAGUCUGCCAAACUGUGAGAUAAGUUUUAUCCAUCCUAAAUGCAGGUGUACAGUUAAGAAAAUCUGAAUUUAUAUAAAGUCCUUAGAGUCUGUUUUUCAAAAAGAGGCAUUUAUAUUUUCUCAUUCAAAAGUUGUUCAUAUUUCUAGAUUGCAGCAUAAGAGCAAGUUAUCUGAAUACAUUCAGAACUUACAGACACAGCUGUUUGUAUGCUGCAUUAGAGGGCAGCCCAAAGUCCUUCAUACAAACUGGCAAAGGAAAUGCCAGUUGUGCAAAAAUGAGUUGCAUAUAUAUACUUCCUUGGUGCGUUGUUUCACCACUAAAAGCAGGAAACUUGACUCAUAACACCUAAAAGUACAUUCUGUAAAGCAUAAGAGAACAGACAUGCUGGGUGAAGUUUGGAAACAUAACUAGCUGUAUCCAAACCCUCCAAGUGGCUUCAAAAGCUAACGCUUCAGCGGUGAAGCCUGAACAAAGAGGACAUCAAAAGAAAGCCAACUAAUUCAGCCAGGAAAGGAGUCAUGGAGGCAGCUAGAAGUGAUGAUAUGCAGCAUGUAGUCAGCCCAAGAAAGACUCCACCAUCAAAAGAAGAGCUCUGUAAGCUCUUCCCUCAGUAUUAGCCCUUGCAUCUCUGUGGCGAAGUCAGUUUGCGGUGCCAGCACUGGGAGUGGGGGAGAUACCCCCUGGCACGUUCCACCUCAAGCAAGGAAAACUAAAUGUAUUGCUGCCACAUGCAUGCUCCAAGUUGUCCUGCCCUGGGCACUUUUAGUGUCCAGUCUGUGUACUAAUCAGAAAUACUGUCUAUUCUGACCACUGUGCAGUUCAUUGACUUUAUUGAUACGUGUAAAUAUUAAAUAUUGCUAUUCUGAAAUUA